CCCGACGUCCAGCAUAUACGGAAAAGGAAAACCAUCUUGCCAGACAGAAUAUCGCUUAGGACGAACAUGAACACGGUUCUGGUGGCCGCAGUAGUGCUGGCGGUUCUUCACGCUAGUUCUGCCCAAGGCAAGAAAUGCGGUGAAGGCGAGGUGUACAAGGAAGGUCAGAGCAGCACCUGCGGCGAGCACAGGUGCGGCGACCCAGAGGACGGAAUCAAGUCCUGCACCUUCGACUUAGUGAGUCGAUGCUUCUGCCAGGACAACCUCUACCGAAGGAGCAGUGACGGAAAGUGCGUGCCCAAGGAGGAGUGCUAAAACGAGCCAUGACUCUGCUCCGGAAAACCCUUUUUCCCCGUCAGCAUGCACUUGCUGAAGAACGGCAAUAAAACCCACCGGGUGCCUUGCAUUCGCCUAAGACGAUCCGAAGGCGAAAGCCA